CGAGAAGAACUUUCGCAAUUCCAUGCUCAAGUACGUUCCAGACGUGUCCUCCAUUGAGCUGGGCCUCCCGGGGAACCAGCAUUGUCAUUCCAACCGGGCUGCUGGCAGCCACUACGAUUCCGAAAAGCAGCGGGCUCGAAGGAAACUCUACAUCGCAUCCGUGAUCUGCCUGGUCUUUAUGACCGGAGAAGUCGUAGGGGGAUACCUGGCCCACAGCCUGGCCAUCAUGACAGACGCCGCUCACCUGCUCACGGACUUCGCCAGCAUGAUGAUCAGUCUGUUUUCCCUGUGGAUGGCCUCGCGGCCGGCUACCAAAACCAUGAACUUUGGCUGGCACCGAGCAGAGAUCCUGGGGGCCCUGCUCUCGGUGCUGUCAAUCUGGGUGGUGACCGGAGUCUUGGUUUACCUGGCAGUGGAGCGUCUGCUCUCAAACAACUAUGAGAUUGAAGGGGGCGCCAUGCUCAUCACCUCCGCCUGCGCUGUGGCGGUGAAUAUCAUAAUGGGAGUCACUCUUCACCAGUCGGGUCAUGGGCACAGCCACCAGGGCCAUACCCACCAUGGCCACAGCAAGCAGCGGAACACCAGCGUCCAGGCCGCCUUUAUCCAUGUGGUCGGGGACCUGCUGCAGAGCGUUGGCGUCCUGGUAGCUGCAUACAUCAUAUAUUUCAAGCCAGAGUACAAAUACGUAGACCCCAUCUGUACCUUCCUGUUCUCAAUCCUGGUCCUUGGAACGACGCUGACCAUCCUCCGGGAUGUCGUCCUAGUGCUGAUGGAAGGUACCCCAAAAGGGGUGGACUUUAACAACGUGAAGGAGAUCUUGCUGUCCAUCAAUGGUGUGAAAGCCCUUCACAGCCUCCACAUCUGGGCCCUGACUGUGUCGCACCCGGUGCUGUCAGUCCAUAUAGCGAUCAAUGAAAACGCCGAUGCACAGACCAUCCUGAAGGAGGCUAGUUCCCAACUGCAAGGAGCGUUCAACUUCCACACCACCACCAUCCAGAUCGAGAACUACUCGGAGGACAUGAGAGACUGCCAGGAAUGCCAGAGCCCCUCCGACUGACCGCCUGUCCCCGGGGGGCGGGAAUUGACGACCAACUGUGGACCAACAGUCCUGGGAACGCUGCUACCUCAGAGCACCUUUGCUGCCGCCCAGAACAAGGACACACCGUGGUCAAGUGCCCGUUUGGAGGCAGCAGGGCGCCAAUCCCUGGGGCAUUGGGAUGAGGUGAUAGGACCGUGUUCUCUCCUGCACUGUGUUAGAGAGACCGUAACAUUUUCUUUUCUUUUCUUUUUUAUUUCACUUUCAUCCCAUCCCGAACAGGGAGCA